UCCAGCGCUAGGGAAGUGGCUUGACUUCUGCAGGUCACCGAGCAGCUACCUGGUGGGGUCAGGACUAGAGCCCAGGCCUCCCGACUCCCUACCCGGCCCAGCACCCUCUCCACUACACAUCCACGUGGGGCUCCAUGAGCACUCCAAGGGAGACUGCCCAGGCUUCUCUGGGGGUUGAGUGCCCAGGAUGUGGGAAGAAGACCAGGGCACAGAGAGGAGGGGCCAGCCCAAGAGAUUAGGAGGGAUUUGUGUCGGGACCUGGACGGAGCAGUCACACACGGGCGGACUUUACCCUGGGUGACAGAGAGCACAGUGGGCCCUGGAGGAGAAGCAAGGGGUGGCGCUGAGGAGCUGGUGGAGGAGGAGAGGCGGGGUGAGAAAUUAGAACCUGGAUCUAUGAGGCAGCCAACGGGAGGUGCCUCCAGGCAGGAGGGCCCACCGCCCCUGGUUUGGAAAGAGAUUGCCGUUAGAGAGGGAGGAAGUCGUGAAGCAGAUUUGCACAUAUGGCUUGUAAAACUGUUUUCUUUUAGCUCUAACUUGUAUAUGUGGGAAUCAGCCACCUAGAAUUGCUGAUUGAAUGAAAAGACAUUUAAAGGCAUAAAGACAAGUCAUGGGGAAAGAACUGAGCAUAGGGGUGUCCCUUGUGCAGGGGAGAGGGAGAAGGAAAAACCCAGGAGCUUCUGAGACUGGAAGGAUGGUCGCCUUUGAGAACAGACAGACAGUAGUUGCGUGUGUGACUGUGAGGACAGAAAUUUAUCUGCUGUGACCCUGUGGAGCACAGAGAAGAUGGGACGGCAGAGGGGUUCUGAGAGGGAAGCUCUGGGACACUGGAGGAGGUGGUUUCUCUGGCCACUGUGUUUGCCAGCAUGUAGGGAGGGGAGUUCCCAAGGUGGUCCCCAUCUCCAUAGCACUCUCUCUCUCUCUUUCUCUCUCUCUCUGGGUGGCUGGCUGCUCGAAUCUGCCUGGUGCUGCCAUGCUUGCAGGAGCUUUCUGGAGCAUUCCGGAGCAUUCCUGAGCAGCCUUUCUCUCCAUACAGAUGGGGGACGAGAGCCCCAGAGUUCAAGAGGGAUUGCAGUUCAGUUCUGGCGGGGCCACACAGGGAUCAGGUACAAAGAGCAGAGGGAGAGCUGUCCCAAGCAUGCUGUUCGCUGUGACGGGGUGGUGGACUGCAAGCUGAAGAGUGAUGAGCUGGGCUGCGUGAGAUUUGACUGGGACAAGUCUCUGCUUAAAAUCUACUCUGGGUCCUCCCAUCAGUGGCUUCCCAUCUGUAGCAGCAACUGGAAUGACUCCUACUCAGAGAAGACCUGCCAGCAGCUGGGCUUCGAGAGUGCUUACCGGACAACAGAGGUUGCCCACAGGGAUUUUGCCAACAGCUUCUCAAUCUCGAGAUACAACUCCACCAUCCAGGAAAGCCUCCACAGGUCUGAAUGCCCUUCCCAGCGGUAUAUCUCUCUCCAGUGUUCCCACUGCGGACUGAGGGCCAUGACCGGGAGGAUCGUGGGAGGCGCGCUGGCCUCGGAGAGCAAGUGGCCUUGGCAAGUGAGUCUGCACUUCGGCACCACCCACAUCUGUGGAGGCACGCUCAUUGACGCCCAGUGGGUGCUCACUGCCGCCCACUGCUUCUUCGUGACCCGGGAGAAGGUCCUGGAGGGCUGGAAGGUGUAUGCAGGCACCAGCAACCUGCACCAGUUGCCUGAGGCAGUCUCCAUCGCCGAGAUCAUCAUCAACAGCAACUACACCGACGAGGAGGACGACUAUGACAUCGCCCUCAUGCGGCUGUCCAAGCCCCUGACCCUGUCCGCUCACAUCCACCCUGCUUGCCUCCCCAUGCAUGGACAGACCUUUAGCCUCAAUGAGACCUGCUGGAUCACAGGCUUUGGCAAGACCAGAGAGACAGAUGACAAGACAUCCCCCUUCCUCCGGGAGGUGCAGGUCAAUCUCAUCGACUUCAAGAAAUGCAAUGACUACUUGGUCUAUGAUAGUUACCUUACUCCGAGGAUGAUGUGUGCUGGGGACCUUCGUGGGGGCAGAGACUCCUGCCAGGGAGACAGUGGGGGGCCUCUUGUCUGCGAGCAGAACAACCGCUGGUACCUGGCAGGUGUCACCAGCUGGGGUACAGGCUGUGGCCAGAGAAACAAACCCGGUGUGUACACCAAAGUGACAGAAGUUCUUCCCUGGAUUUACAGCAAGAUGGAGAGCGAGGUGCGAUUUGGAAAAUCCUAACCAGCUGGCCUCCUGCUCUGCACAGCACCAGCUGCUGUGAAGACUCUGGCUACAGUGACUGGCCAUGUGUGGCAUCAUCUGGGCUAAUGGCCACCAGGCACCAUCGGACUCUCACCUCCACUGUCUGCUCUGUGUGUGUGUGUGUGUGUGUGUGUGUGUGUGUAUGUACAUAGUGUGCAUUACCACUCUCGAGUUUUUCAGAAACCAGCAGAGCUGUCAACUCUUCUCAAAAUCCCAGGCUGGAAAUUACCUGGAGACAAGAGCCUGAGUACUGUGGAUGUUCCUACAGGGGUGUCCAUAGAUGGAUGGAGGAGGUGGAGCCCAGAGCCCAAGGAAGGGCCUGGAAUUCUUGCUUCUCUGACCCUCACUUACAGACUAGCCCAGUGUGGACAGAUGCCAGCAACCCAGGUGACGCCAUUGCUGUCCCGGGAAGGAUCGCGGGUUUUGGUGGAUGCAGCUUCCCCGUGCCUGGACUGUCUUCUGAGGAAAGCUGCUCCUGUUGUCGUUACGAGCAUCGAGCCCUCACUCAGACCUCCUGCUGGAGCCGUAUAUGUCCGCAGCUGAGCUGUGCUAUGGCUAACCAGGCUGACAACGGAGAUGAGGAUUCACUGUACUCAUUUGGUCAUAAGCUGCUGGGGCGGGUUUUAUUUUAUUUUAUUUUUAUAUUUAAGAAAUGAAAAUACGGGUAUUUUUAAAGAUUCUCCAAAAACUCCAGGAGCCUUGACAGCUAGCAUCAAUCAGCCCAAGACCACCAGGGGACUCCUGGGAAGUGUCAUAUUUUAAGAGUCCUACAGAAUAUUUCUGGCCUCAAGGGACUGGAUGAAGAGACUGGACUGAGUCCCCAGGAUGGACAUCUCCCAAGUCACUACAGCAUCUGGAGCCCCUAGGAGAUACUCAGGGAAGCAAAUACUCUUUUGGACUGGCAAGCAAAUCUGACAUGACGAGGUCCACAAACUGUUUCUGCAUCCAAGGGCCCUGACAAAGGCAUGAAGAAACGGAUGCUGUUCCUGCAUAGGCUCCCAAGGGCCCCAGGGAGGUCCAGGUGGAGAGCAUCUCUCAUUCCCAGGGACUGUCCUGGGACUUUGGAAUUUCUUCUCAGCUUUCUCUACCUUUCAAUUUCUCAGUUGUUCCGGAAACAUAAUACUGACAUAAAAACUGCCAUGGAGAGAAACCUAACGUGGUCCCAGGCCCUCCAGGCAGCGCUUCUGAAGGAUCCAAGUUGACCAUGUUCCUGCAAAUCAUCAGUGUGCCUGGACUUACCAGUAAAAGCCUGGGCCUUCAGCAGCCUUUUCUCUGGGGCAGCUAUUCCUCUGCCAGCCGUGCUCCCCUCACCUUCCUUGGGCCCGUCAGGGUCUUUUGUGGUGCUAUGUUUCUCAGAGGCAGGAUCCAAGCAGAUCAACCCAGCCUAGCCCAGCUCAGGCAGGCCGUGGCCGCUCAAGGGAAAGACUGCCCCAGAAGAGCAGGCUGGAGAGGCUGGGCAGGGGCUCAUGGGGCUAGGUACACUGGGGAAUGUUAGCAAGACUGGCAAGGUGGCCACAUUCCUGUCUGCAGCAGCCCCCAGUGAUGGUCUUCAGCAAUAAAAGUUGUGUGACCUGAGA